AUGGUGGGCGCCGUCGAUGUGGGUCUCCGAGUGGCCCAGAUGGCUGGUGCAGCGUCGGGUCUGAGCGAUGUCUUGGCCUCGACGCGGGAGGACCCGAGUGCGGAGCGGACGUGGUCGCCGAAGAAGCCGUGGAGUGGCCCAGAUGGCUGGUGCAGCGGCGUCUUGGCCUUGGCGCGGGAGGACCCGAGUUUGGAGCGGACGUAG